AUGGAAGAACAUUAUGAAAAAUUAAACAUUCUAGGCAAAGGCUCUUUUGGGGUUGUCUAUAAGGUGAUGAGAAAAAGUGAUUAGAAAAUACUUGCUUGUAAAGAAUUACAUUAUGGUAUAAUGACUGAAAAGGAAAAAAAUUAAUUAGUUAAUGAAGUUAAUAUAUUAAGAGAAUUAACACAUUCAAACAUUGUUUAAUAUUAUGAAAGGUAUUGAGAUGAUUGAGCUAUAAAGAAUUAUUGACAAAAAACAGGCUAAAAUUUAUAUAAUUACAGAAUACUGCUCUGGAGGAGAUUUGAGCUAACUCCUUAAAAAAUGCAAAAAGGAUAAGGAUUACAUAGCAGAAGAUGUAAUCUGGAAGAUAUUUACUCAAUUGUCUUUGGCUAUAAAUGAAUGCCAUAAUAGAACACCCAAGAUUUUACAUCGAGAUGUUAAGCCUGCUAAUAUAUUCUUAGAUGAAAAUAAUAACAUAAAACUUGGAGAUUUUGGUUUAUCAAGAAUUUUGGGUGAAAACUCAUAAUUUUGCAAAACUCAUGUUGGAACACCUUAUUAUAUGUCUCCAGAAUAAAUUACUGAAGCCUAUUAUGAUGAAAGCAGCGAUAUAUGGUCUUGUGGAUGUUUACUUUAUGAAUUAGCAGCUUUGAAACCUCCUUUUGAAGCUACAAAUCAUUUGAGUUUAGCUAUAAAAAUAAAAAGUGGUCAAUUUGAUAGAAUUCCACUGAGAUUUUCUGAAGACUUACAUCAAUUAAUUACUUCAAUGCUUGAUGCAGGUUUAAAUUUAUAUUAAUAAUUGUAGAUCCAACUAAAAGACCUAGUGUUAUGGAAAUUCUAAAAUUACCAUUAAUCAGUUUGAGAAUCAAAGAAAAAAAGUUAAAAGAAAAGCAUGCUUAAAUUAAAUUGAAAGAAGAAGAACUUCGACAAAAAGAAUAAUAAUUAAAGUUAUGGGAAUAAAGCUUGACUAAAUAAUUUAAUUGA